ACGUCGCCAAAGGCAGCAGCCGUGGCUGUAGACUGUAGCACGAAAGAGAAAUCUGUAACCCAGCAGCCAGCGAGUCAGGCAAUGGCGGCCGUCGUGGCGCUGGCACCGGCCUCUCCAGCUCUCCUCCCUGUCCCCUUCCGCGGCCGCCGCGACGGCCGGGUGGCCCUCUCGCCUCGCCGAACCCGCUGCUCCGCGGGGCGCUGCAGAGCCACGGCCCAGACCUUCCAGGGGGGCGCCGCCGCCAGCUACGCCCGCGAGAUGGAGCGCCUCUCCGCCAAGGAGUCAUUGCUCCUCGCCUUUAAAGAUGCUGGGGGUUUCGAGGCCUUAGUCAGCGGGAAGACCACUGAGAUGCAGAGGAUCGAUGUCAAUGAGCGAAUCGUUGGACUUGAACGCCUGAAUCCCACACCGCGCCCCACAACAUCGCCGUUUCUGGAGGGUCGAUGGAACUUUGAAUGGUUUGGUGAUAGUAGUCCUGGAGCAUUUGCAGCCCGUCUUUUGUUUGAGAGGUCACCUACGGCUGUUGCACACUUUAUGGGACUUGAUGUGCUGAUCAAGGAUGGAUACUCCAAGCUCUCAUCAAACCUCAAGUUUGUAAACACGAUACAAAGCAAGUUUUUACUGACUACUCAAUUGUCUGUUGAGGGCCCCAUCAGGAUGAAAGAGGAAUAUGUUGAGGGCCUUAUAGAGAUUCCCAGAAUCAAUGAAGAAUCAUUGCCUGAACAGUUAAAGGGCUUGCUUGGCCAAACUGCAGGAGCUCUACAACAACUUCCUAGCCCUAUAAGGGAUGCUGUUUCAGAGGGGCUUAAAUUGCCACUUAGUGGAUCAUUUCAACGCUUAUUCAUGAUCUCUUACUUGGAUGAAGAAAUAUUGAUUAUCAGAGAUGCUGCUGGAGCACCUGACGUCUUAACCAGACUUGAGGGGCCGCAACCGAAUCCAGGUGACGGCACAGCAGAUGCAGUGAUAUCGGAAUAUGAAAGCUAAUGCCUCAGUGCUGACUGUAGCUCCGCACCUAGCUCCUGUUUAUGGCUCCUUUCUCCUCUUUGGUCAUUUUCUCAGUCUCGCGCGUAUAUAAAGCUUUCUAGUUCUAGUGUUGUCAACGAUGAUGACCACUCGAGUGUUUUUACUUAAUACAUACCAUUUGUCUAUUCUGAAUAUGAGCAACAAUAUCUAAAUAUUCAAAUGUCCAUCACCAGUUUAUAUGAAACACGGUAA